UCAUUUUGAUCAUCGUUUCUUGAGGUUUUGAUUUCUAGCAGCAUCAUGCCUGAACCAGCGAAGUCCGCGCCGAAGAAAGGCUCCAAGAAGGCCGUCACUAAGACCGCCGCGAAAGGAGGAAAGAAGCGCAGAAAGUCCAGGAAGGAGAGCUACGCCAUCUACGUGUACAAAGUGCUGAAGCAGGUUCAUCCUGACACCGGGAUCUCUUCGAAGGCGAUGGGCAUCAUGAACUCUUUCGUCAACGACAUCUUCGAGCGCAUCGCCGGUGAAGCGUCUCGUCUCGCUCACUACAACAAGCGCUCCACCAUCACGUCCCGAGAGAUCCAGACCGCCGUGCGUCUGCUGCUGCCCGGGGAGCUGGCCAAACACGCCGUGUCUGAGGGCACCAAGGCCGUCACCAAGUACACCAGCUCCAAGUAGAGCUC